AUGAAGUUCCUCAAGGUCGGCAGAGUAGCCAUCAUCACCCGCGGCCGAUAUGCCGGAAAGAAGGUCGUGAUCAUCCAGCCCGUCGACAGCGGCAACAAGGCACACCCGUACGGCCACGCCCUCGUCGCCGGCAUCGAGCGCUACCCGUCCAAGAUCACCCGCCGCAUGUCCAAGUCGCGCCAGGAGAAGCGGUCGAAGAUCAAGCCCUUCAUCAAGGCCAUCAACUACAACCACCUGAUGCCCACGCGAUACACCCUCGAGCUGGAGGGCCUGAAGGGUGCGCUGUCGGCCGACACCUUCAAGGAGGUCAGCCAACGGGAGGACGCCAAGAAGACUGUCAAGAAGGUCCUGGAGGAGCGCUACACGAGCGGCAAGAACAGAUGGUUCUUCACGCCUCUGAAAUUCUGA